AAAAUCACGAUGCAGGCCACGAAUGUUCAUGCUGUACACUCCUCGGGAGCUGAAUAAGCAAGGCUUCCAAGUAAACCACCAAAUCAAUAGGUUGAGACAAUGUAGGUCGAGAUAUGGAGCGGAACCUAUAUAAGAAGCCUUCACAUAAACCAUUUGCAGAUCAUUGAGCAGUCCAGACACUACACAUAUUCCCUACAUCUCUCUUGAAAAUACUCCAUCACUUCAAUACCUUACAUCUUAAAGAAAUCAACUUGAACACAGUACAAGUCAUGUCUGGUUUCAAGAAAGUCCUCAUUAUCGGCGCCAGUGGCUCAAUAGGGAGCUUUGUACUCGCAGCUCUAGAAGCUCAGUCAGACUUCACCAUCACCCUCCUCCAACGUUCCUCGUCCAAAGCCAAACUGCCAUCUCACCUCAGGUCCAUCACCAUCGCGGACACAUACCCUACUGAAGAGCUAGUGCAAGCGUUUGCAGAUCAGGAUGUGAUUGUUAACUGCAUGACAUCUCUCUCGGUCGCCGACCAGUUCCGCAUGAUCGACGCCGCCAUCACCGCCGGCGUCAGACGCUACGUCCCCAGCGAGUACGGGCUAAACAACAUGCGAACCGACGCCCAGGCUCUCAACGCCGUGUUCCAUGACAAGGGAAGAGUGCAGGAGUACCUGCGGUCAAAGGGCGACCAGGGCGUCUUGGAGUGGAUGUCUAUCUCGUGCGGCAUGUGGAUGAAGUGGAGCAUGGCACACGAUUUCCUGGGGAUGCACGUCAAGGAUAAACGGUUCGUGAUCUGGGACGAUGGGGAGGGGCUGAUGUCAUUCACCACGGAGGAGAACACAGCCACCGGCUUAGUAAAGGCUCUGCAGACGCCGGCGGAGACAAAGAACACCAACGUACUCCUAAGCGACUUUGCUGCCUCGCAGAAACAGAUUCUGGAAGCUAUUGAGAGAUUCCAAGGGGUGAAGUACACCACGGAAACCGUCAACAGCCGUACGCUCAUCAAGGAGAAGCAGUCAGCUGCGAGAGACGGUGACGCCUCGGCGACGUUCUCGUUGAUCGAAACAGGGUUUGUCACGGGAAGGUAUGGCGGGCACUUGGAGAAGGAGGGUGUUAUUAUGAAUGAGAAGCUCGGCUUGCCGAGAAAGUUAUUCGACGAGGUUGUCACGGAUGCGCUCAAGUCCGUCGGCGCGAUCUAGCAUCUGUUGAGCAUUGGCCCACAGAAGUAGACAUCUGACUAUGGAAUUAUUUCUACUUCCCAACAUUGCAAAUAGACACUGCCAGUCCAGAAAUUCGUAAAAACAGAGCUGUGAUCCGUAUG